CAGAGCGUGGAGGGCCCAGAAUUGGCCGCUGGUUGCCAUGUGUAGGAAUCGGAUUUGGCUUGAGCUCCGACGCCGACUGACCACGAGACCCACUGGACCCAUACAAGAGAGUCGACGAGCGCAAAAGUCAUUCACCAUUCUCUGUGAAGGACUACAUUCGCAUUCACAUCCAGACCUAGACAGCACAUAGAGAGCGAACAGGAUACUUCUCACCACUCUCCAUUGACCUGAAUUUGCUCCGGUUCCACUACGAAUACAACAUGCCUUUCAACACUGCGCUCACCCGCAAGCUCGGGAUCAAAGUCCCUGUUGUCCAAGGUGGCAUGCAAUGGGUCGGAUACGCCGAACUCGCAUCCGCUGUCUCCAACGCCGGCGGUCUCGGAAUUAUCACGGCGCUUACUCAACCCACUCCCGAUGACUUGCGCAAGGAGAUUCGCAAGUGCAAGAGCAUGACCAAGAAGCCGUUCGGUGUCAACCUUACCCUCCUACCCUCGAUCAACCCACCGGACUACCCAGCGUAUGCGCAAGCCAUCAUCGACGAGGGUAUUCGGAUCGUGGAGACUGCAGGAAACUCGCCUGGCCCGAUCAUCAAACAGCUCAAGGCUGCCUCGCCGCCUUGCGUCAUUCUUCACAAGUGCACCACUAUCCGACAUGCGCUGAGUGCUGUGAAGUUGGGAGUGGACUUCCUCAGCAUUGAUGGCUUUGAGUGCGCCGGACACGUCGGCGAGACAGAUAUCACAAACUUGAUCUUGUUGAGCAAGUCACGACAGGUCGUGCCCAUCCCAUUCAUCGCAUCUGGUGGAUUCUGCGAUGGAUACGGUCUUGCCGCUGCGCUGAACUUGGGUGCGGAGGGCAUCAACAUGGGCACCCGAUUCAUGUGCACCGUAGAGGCGCCCAUCCACUGGAACAUCAAGGAGGCCAUCGUUGGCGCCCAGGAGACAGACACACAACUCGUGUUGCGCAAGUGGAGGAACACCUCCCGAUUGUUCAAGAACGAGACUUCGACUAAGGCCUACGAAAUUGAGAACGACCCGAAGACGACCGAAUUCAAGGAUGUCCAACCGUGGGUCAGCGGACAGCGAGGUCGUCAAGUAUUUUUGAACGGUGACAAGGACUACGGUGUAUGGACUGCUGGUCAAGUCGUUGGUCUGAUCAACGAUAUUCCCACCUGCGCCGACCUGGUCUCGCGGAUAGAGCGGGAGGCUGUGGAGAGCUUGAAGAAGGUCCAGAGCCUGAUUGUGGAUGAGAAGGACAUCCCUGCGAAGUUGUGAUGGGUUGAUUGAUCAUGUAGAAAAGACAAGAUUUAUGAACAGAAUUUCCAAUAAGGUGACCUCCAUCGGAUGGCCAAAUCUGCACAGAGCAUCAAUGUAAUCUGCAGGUGCCCCGGUGACCCAGGAUCCAUCGUCACAUGCAAUGCAGGACAG